UCCCGCCAUGUAUACGCCGGUCGUCGUUCGCAGCCAAGACCCACAUAGUCCCAGGAGCAACAACAACUACGACAAACCGGGCAAGGGCGGUUACCUUGAUACUUCUAUUAAGGCUACAAGAAAUCCAUCUUCACAGGCAUCCUGAGACCGUUUCCAAGGCGAAAAAGGUCCUCGGAUGCGUCUCAAGUUCUAACUCUAGUCCCCCAAUUGUUGCCCUUGUUUCGCCUCACAACACUACUGCGGUGUACUGCAGCUCUACUUCAACUCCAAGGGUUUCAACUACAGACGUUAAAUGUUCCCCAUCGGACUUCUAUCAGCUCCCCCUGAGUCGUACUCCUGUGGAGUCAGGUGAGCUCAGAUUCGUUCCUGAACUGUACUCUAUAGGAGAAGAGAU